CCAUGGUCUUUAUUGAUGAGUCAGUCACCCUCUGAGCCACCCCCUCCUAAGCAGACGGUGGCGGUAAUGCGCCUAAAGUUACUGUUGGUUGCCAAUAGCCGUUACAAGACAAGAAGAAGAAAAAGAACGCCCAUUUUGCAGGCAUCAAAUUGUGCUGAAAUAUCAACAGACAGAAGAGGACAAAGAGCUGCAAUGGACGGUGAUGUUGCGGUUGGUGUGAAGAGAGGCUCAGAUGAGCUCAACAUGUACAGUAGCAGCCCCAACUCUUUGACCGCGAACGGCAGUGACAGUAAGAAACAGCGUUUGGAGGAAUCCCCUCCAUCCAGAGUUCUCCACAUCAGGAAACUUCCCAAUGAAGUGUCCGAGACUGAAGUCAUUGCUUUGGGGCUGCCCUUUGGAAAAGUCACCAAUAUACUAAUGCUGAAGGGGAAAAACCAGGCGUUUCUGGAGUUGGGUACAGAAGAAGCAGCCAUUACUAUGGUGAACUACUACACAGCUGUCACGCCACAGGUCAGAAACACUCCUGUCUUCAUCCAGUACUCUAACCAUAAGGAACUGAAAACAGACUCUGCUCUGAACCAGAGGGCCCAGGCGGUGUUGCAGGCCGUGUCAGCAGUUCAGGAUGGAAGUUCUCCAUCCUCUGACCCUGGAGUUUUGGACCUAGCUCCACCCCCCAGCCCUGUCCUGCGAAUUAUCAUCGACAACAUGUUUUAUCCUGUGACACUGGAUGUUCUACAACAGAUCUUCAGUAAGUUUGGGACAGUAAUGAAGAUUAUAACCUUCACCAAGAACAACCAGUUUCAGGCUCUUCUGCAAUUCAGCGAUCCCGUCAAUGCACAGCAAGCUAAACUGUCUUUGGAUGGACAGAACAUCUAUAAUUCAUGUUGUACUCUGCGGAUAGACUUCAGUAAACUCGUCAACCUCAACGUCAAAUACAACAAUGAUAAGAGUCGAGAUUACACCAGACCUGACCUUCCUACUGGAGACGGAGAGACAGCCAACAAGGAUCAUUCUUUAUUGGGUACCCCAUCUGGAGCGCUAGCUUCCUACUCUAGUGGAGGAGGUUACUCAUCUUCUCUCUCCCUCUCGCAGGGUGGAGGAGCCAUCAGUCCUCUGAGCGCUGCAGCAGCAGCGGCAGCAGCUGCUGGUCGUGUUGCUCUGUCUGGGUCCGGAGUGUCAGGAGUCCUGUUGGCAUCCAACCUAAAUGAAGAGAUGGUCACGCCUCAAAGUCUCUUUACCCUCUUCGGAGUCUAUGGUGAUGUACAGAGGGUGAAGAUCCUCUACAACAAAAAGGACAGUGCUCUGAUACAGUUGUCCGAUGGCAACCAGGCUCAGCUGGCUAUGAGCCACUUGAAUGGUCAAAAGGUGUUUGGCAAAGUAAUGAGAGUGACACUGUCUAAACAUCAAACUGUGGCUUUGCCCAGAGAAGGAUUGGAUGACCAGCUACUAACUAAAGAUUUCUCUGGCUCACCUCUCCAUCGCUUUAAGAAGCCAGGAUCCAAAAACUUUCAGAACAUAUUUCCUCCCUCUGCAACACUUCACCUCUCCAAUGUCCGGGAUGGACUUGGAGAGGAUGAUCUACGCCUUCUGUUCUCUAACAGUGGAGGAACGGUUAAGGCCUUCAAGUUCUUCCAGGACCGUAAGAUGGCCUUGAUCCAGAUGACGUCAGUAGAGGAAGCGAUCCAGACUCUGAUGGACCUUCACAACUAUGACAUGGGAGGGAAUCACCACCUGAAAGUUUCCUUUUCAAAGUCUACCAUCUAACCCUCAAAGCUGACUCCUAAACCUUAAGAUCCAUGACGAGCGAGGAAGUCACUGUCAUUUGUCUUCUUUUCAACAUUUUCUGUUAACCUCUUCUGUGCUAUCCCCAGACCUUUAAUGAAUCCGUACAAUAUUGUAUCACUGAAAUGUAAAUGCAACGCUUCGAAGUAAAACAUUAGAAAUAGUUUUCAAUUAAAAUGCAGCAAUGCAUACAUCAGUCCUGGCCUAAAGGCAGUUUGCAAAGUUUACAAAUUCCUGACUAUGACAUCUCAAAGAGCAACUCAACACCAGCAGAAAACAGUUUUUGUUUGUGUAACUUCUCACCUUGCUGCAGUAAAGAUUACUCCAGGGUGAGCGAGUGCACUAAAGCGGGAUUUAUGCUUCUGCGUGAAAUGUACGCCAUGGCUACGUAAGUAGGUACGUGGAGACACGAACCUGCACCAGACCCUACGCCGUAGCCUGACGUUCACCUCUCGAAAAAUGUAACAACGCACCGCGGCGACGCGCGUCACUCUGCUUGGUGGCGUCACAUUUCUCCCGACUCGUUUCCUGUUUCUCCCGGUCCAUAAACAACAUGAAAUCAAGGAGAGGGUUGAUUUCCCACAGAUUUCCCACUGUGGUCAGAAAGAACAGGGGAGACGCUUUGUUUCUCCCACUAUGCCUCUAGAAUCGGUACUCGCUCCGAAGGUGAUCGGCGUCCCUCUCCCUCUCACUCUACCACACACUCCCAGCACAGACACAUGCCGGCUCGACUUAAAAGUAUAAACUUCAGGCCACUUACGUAGGCUACGGCAAAAGCUCUGCAUAGAGCCUCCGCAGACCCAUAAAUCAAGCUUAAGAGUGUGGCUACAGGUGCACACCGGUGAUCACACCCAACCACAGCCAUCAGUGAUGCUGGUCAGCGGUAAAACCACGGAAAUAGAAUGACAGUAGAACGGACAUUCCCAUUCAAAUCAACAUAGCAGGAUGGUCCAGCGCUUUAUAGCCACGUUCACGCCAUCUACACUUCAGAGACAUCUCCACUUUAAAACCCAUUGUGCGGGAGCCAACCGGGACAUCAUGGUGCAUUCAGGUGCACCUAUGUCCGUUGCCUUGCUGCUAGAGAGGAAUUCAGCAUUGCUGGAUUUAAUUGCUUCACAUUUCUAUUGGUAAGUCAUCAAACUAGUGAGUGUGACUCACUUUACGGCCACACUGAAAUGUGUUGCCACCAUAACUGCAAACGGCAAACGCCAUUUUCUCUUGAACUAGUCAAAUGACCACGGCAAACAGUUAAUUAUUUGUUGUACUCUCAUUGUAUGUCGAUGGGUAAAACAGAUUCGAACCUACCAGAGAAGACAGGGAAACGCUGCUUUUGCUUUUCAAAGCAGUGAAGAGUUUUUAAUUAAAGCAACACAGGUUGUAAGCAGAAUUGUCCAUUACAUUACAUUAUGCAAGUUUGCCAGAUCGGGUAUCGGAUCUGUAGUUCGAAUGAACUGGACAAUGUAAUGGACAAUUCCGCUUCCAACCUGUAGGGGGACCGAAGCGGGAACAGUUCUCUAGUGUUGCUUUAAAUCUUUAUCGUUGCAAGUGCAAAUAGCUGUUUUCUUGUUUUGCCCUACCCAGCGAUCAAGUGUCAAUAUGGCAGUAGUCUCUUUUCCUUUUGGGUUCCUGUAGUUAGUGAUCUGUUAAUUUUCUAUACAUCGUCUCGCUACUUGAACUACAACAUUGUUAUGCGUUCCCAAGCAAAUGCCAAUUUGAACCCCAAACUACCAGCUAUUGUGUUUUUUAUUUAUUUAUUUAUUUUUUUACACAUUUAUUAAAACAAGCUCCUUGACAAAGUGUCCCACACAACAUGGUACAUAAACAAAUGGUGUUGACAUGCACUUAUAUACACAGUAAUCAAUAUGCUACUACGGACAUACAAGAUAACAAGAGAGGUUACUUUCCUAAUUGCAAGUGUCCAGUUCUAAUUCAACACUCCAUUCAAUUGCAGUAUACUGUAUGACAGGCGACCACCUCUCUAAAUAAAUGUCCAUCCUGAAUUGUAAUUUUGCGGUUAUAUUUUCCAUACAAUUGACAGCUUUGGGUCCACUGGUCUAGGGUGGGUUCUUUGUGACAUUAACUCAACAUCUCUGUCAUGGCAGAUUCCAUCACUGCCAUGUUGUCAGUCAUUUGAAGAUUUCUUUUUGAACCGUGCAGUUUCUGACACACACAUUCUCACUGUGCUGGUUCAUUCCUCCAAAUGACAUCCUGUUGAUUCGUGCACUUUGGUGCAUUCAAAAUUAAAAUGAAACAAAAUAAAAACAUUUAUUUCCAAGGUACAGGCCUAAGGGAGAUGAUUCAUGCUGUUCUCUCCUCAUCUGCAAUCUAAGUUUAACAUUACACCAGCAUCCAUUUUUCUACUUUGUAGGCAUGUUGGCAACCUACACUAAACCAGCUUGCAGCUUUUAACAAUUUUGCUGCACUACACAGAAUCCCUUUACAUGUAGUUUAAAUACCAGAUGGAACUAAAUUCUGAGGAUCUAAAUUUCAAAAGGCAGUUUUUCUUUAACUGGCACACUUUCUUGCUGUUAUUCCCAUAGCUGAACAAUCCUGUCGAAGCUGUUUAUACAUUAUUUGAAUAUGAAUAUGUUAUAUUGAAUAAGUUCAUCAUAAUGAAGAUGAUGUUUUAGGCAUUCUCGGAAAUAGAAAUAUUUUUAGGCUAAUGAUAAUUGUGAGGACAAUUGAAUACCCCCGAAAUUUCCUUUUAUAAUAGUAUUGAUUGACAUUAACACAUUGCUGACAUGUAAUAAUAUUGAGGAUGCGAAGGUGGAGCUUUUAGUGAAGAAUAGAGCCACCUGUACAUUUCCUGUUUAAAUCUCAUCCCACUCAGCUGUGAGUGGGCGCACACAUACAUACACAGGAUGCAUGCUAAUGCUGUCUGUUUGGACAAGGUUUCAACAUGUGAUUCUGGUCUUGGUCUCUGAUUUUUGGGGGAGGCCUGAUGGGACCAAAGUACAUGUGCCUUUAGUCUGUGGUCUGGUUUGAUCUGUUGUGUCUUUAUACAGAUUUGUGUGUUGUAAACCUGUAGAAAUGGAUUAUUUUGUUAAUUUUUAAAACGAAGUGAACCUCAUCUUCCCAGUCCUCUGUUUAACAUGCGCGUAUUUAUCAAGCAGAGAUGCACAGAAAACUGGGUCACGGUUUCAACUAAGGUCUUCUUCAGAGUGGGUUUUUAUUUUUCACUCAUCUCUGGUUCUUACAGCUGCAGUUUUCUUUUCAGAGACUGUUCUUUUGUGGUAAAAUUUCAGAUCCACCUAAAUUAAACAUCUUUUCUACCAACAAGCCCAAAUUAAAGUGUGUGUUUGUGUGUUCGGACUGGGUUCAGGCCUCUGCUCUCAUCUGUAUCUUACCUGUCAAUAAACUUCUCUCACUCUGUUCAA